UUUCUAUUUUUCUUACCUGUUCAGAUAGAAUUCAGAACAUCUUUUUGUUUAAAAUACCUGGGUUUUGUAAUUUAAGCAAUGGAUUCUGGAGAUGGUUUAAAAUCAAGUUCGAAUAUGGUGGUCCCUGAUCUUCAAACUUUCUUGGAGAUUGAUCCCUAUAUUGAAAACUUCACUGGAGACAUUAAACGGAGGUAUGAGAUGUUUUCGAAGACCAAGGCCAGGAUUGAAGCUGCAGAAACAAUGGAAAAAUUUUCACAAUCUUAUAAAAAUUUUGGUGUGAAAGGAAAACCUGAUGGGUCAGUGCAUUGUAAGGAAUGGGUACCUGGGGCAAAGGCAGUUUAUCUGCGUGGAGCUUUUAAUAAUUGGGAGCGAUGGGGGUACAGUUACGAGAAAAAAGAGUUUGGUAAAUGGGAAUUAGUGUUACCACCAAAAGAUGAUGGGAGUUCUAUGAUUGAACAUCUUAGUGAACUCAUGCUUAUUAUACAAACGCAUGAUGAUCAAUAUCUUGAAAGAAUUUCCCCUUGGGCUACUUAUGUCAAGCAGUUUGACAACCAUGGGACAUAUAAGUGGAUAUUUUGGAAUCCCCCUCAAAGCGAAUUGUAUCACUUUAAAAACCAACGCCCCAAAAAACCAAAGAGUUUAAGAAUUUAUGAAGCUCAUGUUGGAAUUGCUUCCAGUGAACCCAAAGUUGCUUCCUACAAAAACUUUACAGAUACAGUUUUACCAAGAAUCAAAAAACUUGGCUAUAACUGUGUCCAACUAAUGGCUAUAAUGGAGCACGCUUAUUAUGCGAGCUUUGGGUACCAGGUUACCAAUUUCUUCGCUGCAUCAAGUCGCUAUGGUACACCUACAGAACUGCAAGAGCUGAUCGAUACAGCUCAUGGCAUGGGCCUCUAUGUAUUGUUGGAUGUUGUACAUAGCCAUGCCUGCAAGAAUGUUCUGGAUGGACUGAAUAUGUUUAAUGGAACGGACUCGUGUUUUUUCCAUUCUGGUUCCAGGGGAGUCCACAGUCAGUGGGACAGCCGGCUCUUCAACUACUCAGAGUGGGAAGUGCUGAGGUUUCUCAUUUCCAACCUUCGGUGGUAUAUGGAGGAAUAUAAGUUUGAUGGUUUCCGGUUUGACGGAGUUACUUCUAUGAUCUACCAUGACCAUGCAAUCUCAAGGGGGUUUUCAGGAGAUUACCAUGAGUAUUUUGGCCUUCAGAUGGACAUGGAGUCAUUGGUGUACCUGAUUCUUGCCAAUGAUAUGAUAAAGACCUUCCUUCCCGAUGCAAUCACAAUUGCAGAAGAUGUUUCUGGGAUGCCAGGAAUGUGUAGGCCUGUCAGUGAAGGAGGGAUUGGGUUCGAUUACCGACUUGCGAUGGCAAUCCCAGACCAGUGGAUUAAGAUCCUUAAAGAGGCGCGGGAUGAGGAUUGGGACAUGGAUCAUAUCUUCCAUACACUCACUAACCGAAGGCAUGGGGAACUUUGCAUUGCAUACGCUGAGAGUCAUGACCAAGCGCUUGUUGGAGAUAAAAGCCUUGCUUUCUGGUUGAUGGAUAAAGAGAUGUACACGCACAUGUCAGAGUGCACCCACCUUACUCCUAUCAUUGAUCGUGGCAUCUCACUUCAUAAGAUGAUCCGUCUCAUUACACAUGGUCUUGGAGGAGAGGGAUAUCUCAAUUUCAUCGGGAAUGAGUUUGGUCAUCCAGAGUGGCUGGACUUCCCAAGAGCCGGAAACAGUUCAAGUUACCAUUAUGCUCGCCGUCAGUUUCACCUUGUGGAUGAUAACCUGUUGAGGUAUAAGUUCCUUUACAAGUUUGACUCUGCCAUGCAGAAUACAGAGGAAACAUAUGGUUGGUUAGCAGCAAAACAAGCCUAUGUUAGUAGAAAGCACAACGGUGACAAGGUUUUCGUAUUCGAGCGAGCCGGGGUCUUGUUUCUAUUCAACUUCCAUCAUUCACAAAGUUUCACUGGUUAUAGGGUUGGAGUCCAAAACCCAGGAAAAUACAAGAUUGUUUUAGAUUCUGAUGACUCAGAGUAUGGGGGACACAAUAGAAAUGAUAAGUCUGUGAGGUUCUUCACGGAAGAGAUGGCUUUUGAUGGUAGAGAGCAUUCUAUGCUCGUAUAUCUGCCUUGUAGAUCUGCUAUGAUAAUGGCAAAGGAUGACACUGACUAAGCACUCUGCAACUCACACAUGUGCUUAUUAGUUAAAUUUCGAUUAACUGUUAGUACUUUUUACUACUGUUGUUUUGUGGUACAUUUACAUUUUGUCAGUGUUGGUUUCCUUAAUCAUAACCAAAGACUUAAGAGUUCAUUUUCAUCAUUCAUGCUAAAGAGUUUAUAAAACAUCAUUUCUGUUUAAUGUAUAUACUAUAUAUCUAUGUUUAUGGAAAAAUACCGUACUGUAUUUAUAGCAUUAUGCUCUAAAAGAAUAUUUGUUUAGUUUAAAGUGGAUGGUAUUGCCUAAUUUGAACUAUAAAAUUUAGUUUCAUUGUCAACAUUUCAUUGCUAUAAUGUUGCAUGUCAGUUUAUAUAUUAUAUAGAGUCGUAGCAGCAAACAUAUUGCGCUGUACAUGGCUUGCCAAAUACUUCGGUAGCCUAUAUUAGGGUGUUACAAAACUAGGAAAAUUACAAGGUGCAAAAAUAUAGUUAAAGGACUAUAUAUGAGUAACCCUUAUUGUUUUGGCCAUAAAACCAUUUCACUACAUCUACUUAGUGAGUUUGUGUAAAGUUUGAAAUGCCAUGUUUGUUAUUAGUUUAGAAUUAAGAUUUUUAUUAUAUUUUAAUGUCGCAAAAUGAACUUUAUACUUAAUUUAAUUUAUAUACCGUUUGUGGUCUGUGUUUCUUGGCUGUUUGUUGUACAAAAUUAUUAACAAAAGUAAACAAUGCCAUUUAAACAAUUAUUGCCUAAAAGUUUAACUCUUAAAGGUGCAAUUUUUGUUUUUUAAGUUUAAAAUAAUAUUAAUUAACAGCUUCAAACGUUGCAUGUAAUUUAUUUAUUCACAGCGUGUUCAAUAAAUGCAGUUUUCGCUUAUCAUAUGCA